AUGUCGAUCUCCGGCCUUUCGUUCGUCUUCUGGCGCAUCUUGCAGAUCGUCACAUUGAUUCCCACGCUUGGCAUGCUUGCCUGGUUCGUCUCCUGGUACGACGACCGCAAUCUGCUCACACCACGAUCCAUCUUGGUGCUCUUCAUAGUCUCCGUGCUAGGAGCAGCAUGGGCCAUGGGAACGUUGUUCCUGUACUCGCGCGCACGACACUCGGCCAAAUUUGUGGCAUUUAUCGAUCUUCUCUUCAUCGGUGCAUUUAUUGGCGGUGUCUACGUCCUGCGAGGCAUCGCUGAUGCGAACUGCUCCAACUGGUCUUCCAACGGCUCAUAUAGCGCCAAUCUGGGACUCUUCAUCAUCUCCGGCAACCGCUACAGUCUCAACAUCGACCGACAAUGCGCAAUGCUCAAGGCCUCAUUCGCAUUCGGCAUCAUGAACUGCGUCUUCUUUUUCAUCACGUGCCUACUGGCUCUUCUCGUCGCCCGUCACCACCGCGACAGCCGUGACCGCGUGGUCGUUAAGCGCGAGGUCCAUCGCUCCCGUCACGGCCACCACUCGCGCAGCCCGCGCACCUCGCACUCGCGCCACAGCCACAGCCGUCGCAGCUACGUCUAA